UGCUAACAGCUGCAGAUAAGCUAACAUGACGGAGCCGAGGAUGGAGCAACUCAAACAGUCACCGAAAAGAGUUUUUAUCAACAACAUCGACUCUUACGCGUCGAAAUAUAUCGCCAAGUUUUUGAGUAAGUGUGUGGUGGGAGCAGCUGCAGGUCCUGAUGGACAGGAGGACACAGAGGGAACACACUACAGCGGAGCACGAGCUUUUCACGUUGUUGGAACUGUCUCUGACAGAUGUGACGGGGACAGAUCAUAUGUCCUGGAGUAUUACCAACUGAGCAGAGAUGAACUGCUGUCAAAACUGAUGGAGUGUGACGUGGUCAUCUACAACAUUACCCAGCAUGCUGAGCAGGUGGAGGAGGCUCUCUGGGCUGUCUCAGCUCUUCACACUAACAUGAGCUGUUUCUGUGGGCCGAAAAUGUUCAUCCUGGUCUCCACGGUGAUGACCUGGGCCUGCAGCAAGCCAGUCGAUCCUGAUGUCCCUUUCACUGAUGAGAUUUUCUGGAGAAGAAGAGCGCAUCCCAACUUCAAACCACAUAUUGAACUGGAGAAGAAGGUGGUCAAAAUGGGCAAAACUAACAGGACAUUGUUCUCGACAUACGUGGUGGCGUCAGGACUUCAGUACGGGAUGGGAGAGGAGCUCUUCCACUUCUUUUUCAAGACAUCAUGGCUGGGACAAGAAGAGAAAAUACCUAUUUUCGGUGACGGCAGCAACAUCGUUCCCACGAUUCACAUCAGUGACCUGGCCAGUGUAAUUCAGAACAUGAUUGAACAUCAGCCCAAGCCGUAUUACCUGCUGGCUGUGGACAACUCUAACAACACCAUGGAGGAGAUUGUGCAGGCAGUUGCACGUUUACUGGGACCAGGGAAGAUCCAGAAGAGGCCCUUUGAGGAAGCCUUCCUUACACGAAACUGGACUGUGAUGGAAAUCGAUUCCUUGCAGGUCAAUCUGCGCAUGGAGGCUGUCCAUGUGAAGGAGCUGUUCUCUGUCAGCUGGCUGUGUGAGGCCGGUCUGGUGGAGAACAUGGAGCAGGUGGUCGAGGAAUACCAGCAGACCAGAGGGCUACUGCCUAUCCGUCUGUGUCUCCUGGGUCCUCCUGCGGUGGGAAAAAGCACAGUGUCCAAACAGAUCUGUGAAUACUAUAAACUGCAUCACAUCACAGUAAAGGAGACCAUCUCUGAAACCAUCUCACAGCUGGAAGAUAACAUGAAGAAUACUGAUCCAGAUGCAGAGAAUGAGGACUCUACAGUGGAUACCAGGGAGCUGCUCAACAGCCUGAAGGACAUUAUGGAGCAGAAUGGAGGUCUGCUGGAUGACCAGCUGUUGGUGAAGGUGGUGAAGGAUAAGCUGAUGUAACCGUGCAGAAACCAGGGCUUUGUUCUUGACGGCUUCCCCAAGACAUAUGAACAAGCCAAGGAGCUCUUCUACUCUGAUGAACAAGAGUCAGAAGAUGGAACAUCCCUGAUCUCAUUCAGCAAGAGGAUGAUACCAGAGUUCGUGUUGUGCCUGGAUGCGUCCGAUGCCCUCCUGAAGGAUCGGGUGAUGAACCUCCCUGAGAGGCUGAUACAGGAGCACAACUAUGAGCAGGAGUGCUUCCUGCGACGACUGGCCAGAUACAGAGAGAACAACAUGGAAGAUGAAAAUGUUGUUAACUACUUUGAUGAGCUAGACAUCAGCCCUCUGUACCUGGAGAUCACUAGUAGUGAUGAACCUGACUGCCUGCUGCUGAUGCACAAAGUGUUUGAGACAGUGGGCCAGCCCAGGAACUACGGCCCCAGCAGCCAAGAGGUGGAGGAAGAGGAGAGGAGGAAGACUGAAGAGAAGAUGAAGAGAGAGGCCCAGGAGAAAGCUGAGGAGGAGAGGAGGGAGGCAGAUGAAGCCAAACACAGGGCUGCACGCUGGGAGGAGUGGACUAAAGGUAUGGAGGAGGUGAGGCUGCAGGAGGAGGAGCUGCUGGAGGCCCAGUCAGUCCCCAUGAGGACCUACCUGCUGGAGCACGUGAUGCCCACUCUGACCCAGGGCCUGGUGGAGUGCUACACAGCCCGACCACAGGACCCCGUCGACUUCCUGGCAGAGUUUUUGGCAAAGAACAACCCCUUUAACUACUGA